AUGGCAGAGGAAGAAUAAAUCUUAAAUAGAAUGGAAUAUCACACUUAUAAAAUUCUUAAAGAAUAAAAUGACUAAUUUAAAAAUGAUAUUGCAAAUAAUUCUCUUUAAAUUGCUAAUUUAAACAAAGAAUUAGAGUAACUUUAGUAAUCAAAUAUUCAAUUUCCAGGGAUUUUAUCAAAUCAAGAUCAAGUACUUUAAAUAUAAAAAAAAUAGGAAAUGAUAAGAAUAGAAGAGGAAAUAAGAUAAAUUAGAAUUAGAGAUGAUGCCUAAAUUUUUUAAUUAAGAGAUUAGCUUAGUUAAUUUGAAUAAAGAUAUAGUUAGCAAGAAAAAAAAAAUGAAUUUUAACAAUCUUAACAUUAAAUUAGAGAACCAAAUCGUUUUUUUAGUGAUGUAAAUUUCAUAUAUAUUAAAGAUUUCAAAACCUAUUGAUGGUAUUUAAUCGAUAAAGGUUAUAUUAGAUGCACACUUUAAUAUUUAAUAGAUAAAAUAGGAAAUUCAAUAAAAUACAUUGAAUAUUAUCGCAAUUUUAGUGAGUUAAGAGGUCUCUCAUGUUAUAUACAAAUAACAUUAAUUGGAUUCACAAAAUCAAUUAUAAGGGAUAGUUGUUUAAAAUCAUGAAGUAACCUAUCAAAUUGGAUGAGAAGUUUUUGAAAUAUUAUUAAUACAUGAAUGUUGG